AUGGCUUGUGUUCCAGUAGACUUUCCGACACUGAAAUUAUACGCUAUUGCAAUACAAAAUGCACACAUUUUGGCUAGUGAGAUGGAUUUUGCUAACUUGCAGCUUGCAUUCAAAAUGACUUGCGAGUUGCAACAACGUGUUGUUGAUUUAAUGUCCGAACGGAAAAGACAUCUUACAAAUUUGGAAGCUUUGGUGAAUAUGAAGAGAAAAGAUACACAUCCAGUAGGUGUUAUGGAAAUGGAGGAAGAAGUUUCACAGAGUAGGGAGACAGAAUUGUAUGCGCAACAAAACCAUUACGAUGAAAAUCAAAACAGUGAGGUUAUGCGUAGUGAAAAUAUUGAAAACGGGGAGGCAAUGAAUGACAAUCAGCAUUUGUGUGAACUGUCAAACCAGGAAGCCAAUAAUACAGAACCUCCUACUCCUACCAGUCAAACGAGUAGUAUGCGUGAAACGCUUACACCAAGUACUUCCACUUCAGAGGAAGCAUGCAAAUCAUUAAAUAAUAAACACAAAUUAAUAUCUAUAGAAUCUCUUCGUGAAGUUAUGCUUCUUGAUGGUGUUCCUAUUCAUGUCGACAAUGACAACACGGAUUGUAUUACCUGUAGACUAAGAAAUCACGUGCAAACUGAAACGAUAGUUACCAUGGUUUGUGCAGCGUGCUCAGAAUUCCCUCGGCUUUGUUCAGCACAAUGUUUUCGUUGGUGGCACAUGGUUCAUUUACCGGCAAUGCGUAAUAAACCAAGAACAGUAAUCGAAUCCGAACAAAGUGGUACAACAAUAAGCGAAUCAAAUAACCAAGUUGUCGUUUCAGAAUUACAGGCAGUUGACGGAUCAAGUGAAUUCAAACCACCUGAGAAGAAAUUAGUCCUCCAACCUUCCACAGCGCCUGUACGUCGGCGAGUCGGAAAAAGAAAACGACGUAAAGGAUUCCGAUUAUGUCAUGUGAAAAAGAAAGUAAUAUCAGUCUGGCCCGUAAGUAAAUCGUGUCGUCCGCCGAAAAAACCCCAUGCUAAUUCUGAUGAUCCACAAUGGAGACCUAAUAGGGGAUUUAUUGAAAAAGUGAACAUAAACAAUUAA